AUGGGUCUCUUACGCGUGCUCGGUGCUUUUGGUUCCACUACAGCAAAGCUCGUGCGAUUUGGCAAACGGUUUGAAGCCCGCUCAGCGACUGUGGACCAAUUUCAAUGGAGCUACUUGAUCCGGCCUGCGGCCGACCCAAAGAGUCGGGAGGUCGUGGUGUUUUUGCAUGGUCUAGGGUCGUCAAAAGAGACCUGGGUCCGUGUUUCCAGCGGCUUGAGCAAGGACUACCAUGUGAUUAUCCCUGAUUUGCCAGGUCAUGGCAAGACGACUCCGCUCGACCCGCGCGUGAACUUUGCGGCGGACAGACAAACGCGGCGACUGCACGAAUUCUUCGAGUCGGAACUCUACCCGAACAACAAGGUACAUCUUGUUGGCACUUGCAUAGGUGCGACUGUUGCAGGGCUUUACGCUGCAAUGCACCCGACACGGGUCAAGUCGCUAUCUCUACUGUGUCCAUGGGGCAUUUCGGACUCUAAGGCGACGAGCGCCACGCUCAGUGACAUUGAACGUCUGGGCAAUAAAAUCACUUUGCAAAGCCCAACAGCGACGUCCACGAGCGACGUGAGUGAAUGUCGUGACUACGCAGUGAGCGUUAAGCACAGACUUCGUGUGUUUCGAGACCUUGCGAUGUAUAAGCGUGGACGCGAGUGGCAAGUAUUGCAAAAAGUCGGCGUGGACACUCUUGCGCACCCGUCCAUCUUGGAAGACGAACUUGACAACAUUCGAGCUCGGACCAUGGUGGUCUGGGGCAAACAGGACAACGUCCUGAAUGUGUCGUGCCUAAAGGUACUCGAUGACAAGCUCAACGUGACGCACAAACACGUGCUGGUACUCGACGAAUGUGGGCACCUCAUCACAAGUGAUAAGCCCCUCGAAUGCAUCGAUCUGCUUAACAAGUUUCUCGGGGACUUCCAACUCAGCUUUCCAUCCGCUCUUGUCGAGUGA